CCAGCAUGUUUUUAGGGCACAAGCUAAGCUGAAAAUCUCUCUCUAAACAAAACAGCAAGGAACAGCAUAUGACUAGAUAGAAAUAACCCUUAAAGAAGCUCAAUGAUCUCAUGUGGAAGUGGGAAUUAAUAAUAGAGAACGCAAGGUUUAGGCAGGUCACACAUGGCAAUAAUAGGACAUGAGAUAGUGGCAACAGAUAAGUAACCAAAAAAAUCGACAAAAAGCAACCUCUAAAUCAGGUACACCUGAUGCAAACAGAUGAUGCUUUCCAUAAGUGGAGCGGAUGGAGUGAUGCAGUUGAAUCACAUGAGUGUCUAUAAAUAGGAAGUAGAAUGAAUGAAACUAAAGCACAGCAGCAUUCAAGAACACAUGGUUUCAACUAAGAUAGUUCUUGGUGCAAUCUUCAUUGCUUCCUUCUACUUAUGUGCCUCCCUUGCCUACCCCCCUGGUCGCCAUGAGGGUGCCUAUCCAGUUGGAAAUGCCCCAAUCUCAAGUCUUUCUCCAGAUUACUACAAGUUCACAUGCCCACAAGCCGAUGAGAUUGUGGUGUCUAUACUGAAGAAGGCUAUCGCAAAGGAACCAAGGAUAGCUGCUUCCCUUCUCAGACUCCUAUUUCAUGACUGCUUUGUUCAGGGCUGUGAUGCAUCAGUUCUUUUGGAUGACAGUGAGGAAUUCGUAAGCGAAAAAAGUGCUAUUCCCAAUAAGAAUUCAAUUAGGGGAUUUGAGGUUAUAGAUGAGAUCAAAGCCGCACUUGAGGAAGUAUGCCCACAUACAGUCUCCUGUGCAGACACUAUUGCCCUAGCAGCCAGAGGUUCAACAGUACUGAGUGGUGGACCAUAUUGGGAGCUUCCAUUAGGAAGGAGAGAUUCAAAGACAGCAAACAUGAAGCUAGCAAAUAAGAAUCUUCCUCCCCCAAAUGCAACGCUACACCGUCUUAUCAAGUUUUUCCAAAGGCAAGGACUGGAUAAGGUGGACCUUGUGGCACUAUCAGGAAGCCACACGAUCGGAAAGGCCAGAUGUGUCAGUUUCAAGCAGCGGCUCUACAAUCAGCAUAGAGAUAACAGACCAGACAUAACGCUAGAGAGAAGUUUCUACCACACAUUGGCGUCGGCAUGCCCACGCACUGGUGGUGAUAACAACAUACGAUCACUAGAUUUUGUCAGCCCUUCAAAAUUUGACAACAGCUACUAUAAGCUGAUAUUGGAGGGAAAAGGGCUUCUCAAUUCAGAUGAAGUUUUAUGGACAGGAAAAGAUCCAGAAAUAGCAGGGCUGGUUAAAAGUUAUGCAGAAAACGAGCCACUAUUCUUUGAACACUAUGUGAAUUCCAUAAUCAAAAUGGGGAACAUAAAUCCCCUCAUGGGUCACAAUGGAGAAAUCCGCAAGAACUGUCGUAGGGUCAAUCAGGAGGUCUAGCUGUCAAAAUGCUUGUGUCCCAAUUAGGUUCCUUUGCUUGUGAUGAACCAUUUACUUUGCAUGUUACGUCAGUUUGAAUGUCAGCAUGCCAAUGUGGGGGGGGGGGGGGGGGGGGGGGGGGGGGGCAUAAGAUGUAACUGUAACUUCAGUUUGUUUUUUUCCAAUUUG